AUGAUGAUUCGGUUGCCUAGUUCAAUACCGAUUAUCGAUGUACGCGUUUUGGAUGCUGAUGAUCAAGAAAAUAUCUGGAAGAUAUUGAAGUAUGUUUUCCCGUCAUGGUCAGAAAAAUAUACUAAAGUCCAGGCAUUGGAAGAGGGAUUAUCUAAUACAGUGCUUCGAUUUGAUUAUGAUAAUAAAGAAGAUGCACCGAAGAGUAUUCUAAUGCGAAUACGAAAGAAAUUGGUUGAUUCCAUUCUUAACAGAUGGGAUGAAAUAAAACACAUGUGCAUACUUCAUCAACUUGGUAAUGAACAAGAGUUGUAUGCAGUCUUCCAGAAUGGUUUAGUAUACUCAUUUCUUCAAGGAUCUACAAUACAUGUGGAUAGGUUUUCAGUGCCAGAGUAUAGUGAAUUAAUUAUUGAUCGAUUAGCAAGACUGCAUAGUUUGCCAACAAAAGAAGCAUUGUUACGUUUGAUACCGGAGGAAUCAAGAGAAAUUGCUGCCAAAUCCUAUACCCAACCAAUCCUUUUGGCAACAAUACGAAACUGGAUUGAUAAACUACCAGUUGGAUUCAGUGAUUCUCAAAAAUUUACAAGACUUAAAAAUGAAUUCCCUUCCCAAACAUGCUUGUUAAAUGAAGUGUCUUAUCUGGAGAAACUGCUGAGUAAUGUUAUCUCACCAGUCGUAUUAUGUCAUAACGAUCUACUUGCAGGCAAUAUUGUUUUAUCCCCAAAUGAAAAAUCAGUACAUUUUAUCGAUUUUGAAUAUUGUGGAUUCAAUCAUGCAGCAUUUGACAUUGGAAAUCAUUUCUGUGAAUUCGCUGGCAUAAAUGUUGUAAAUUUUGAUAAAUAUCCAACGAAGGAAUAUCAACGAAUGUGGAUCAACAGCUAUUUAACAGCUAAAGACUACUAUACAAAGAAAUUCAACAAACAAGAUCACCAAUCAGUGAAUCAGAUGAAUCAAAAUGGAUAUUGUUUACCUUCUUUCUUUUCCUCGAAUCAUGUUGAUCAAGAUGACCAGUGUGUAAAUAAGAGUUUAGUCGAUAAAUGGUUGAUUGAAGUAAACAAUUUCGCCAUGGCAGCUCAUUUAUUUUGGGGUGUUUGGGCAGUGAUAUUAUCAAAUCAAGAACAAAAUAAAUUCGACUACCUAUCGUACGGUAUUGCUCGUGUCAAUCAGUACUAUGCCAUGAAAAGAUAUCUAUCCACGUCAUAA